GCAUUCUCGUUUGAAUCUGGUCUUCAGUCCAUGUUUGCGAUAAUAAGCCUGGAUCUGCGAGGCCCCUGUGAGUUUGGAUGCAAGCUAUUUGAAUGGAUAUGGAUAAUGGAGAUUACCGCUGCCAAUGAACAAAUUAUCUUUCCAGGCAUCUGACAAUGCUGGCUCAAAUUCGAAAAGAAACUUGUAUUAUGAAAAACUGCGGUGUGAGCUUCGAACUUUGACAGGUCUGCCAUGUACAAAUGUAACUACACAUCCAGGCAGGGAUUUCUAAAAACAUGCCUGGUGCCUAAUAUUUCAAUGAUGGCAGUUGAAAGGUUUGUUGCCAAAACUCUAGAAUUACUGCAGGAGGAGAGAGAAACCGAAAUCGAAGAAACCAGGUCAUGGCAAGAGAAUGUUUCUGUAAAAGAACUGCAACGCAAAGGAGUUUGUCUUAUGAAACUGCAAGCAUCAAGUCAGAGAACAGGAUUGUAUGGACGACUUCUAGUAACAUUUGAACCCAGAAAAUAUGAGGCAACUGCAGUUCUGCCCAGCAACGGCUUUACACCAGGUGACAUUCUGGGUCUGUACAGUUCAGAAGGAAUUAGUCCAUCCUUUCAGCUGGCCACAGGUGUGGUGACACGUGUCACUGUAAGCUCUAUCUCUGUAGCAUUUGAUGAGUCCAGCGACAGUUUGGAUUUGGACAGAGAAGGACCGUACAAUCUUUUAAAGCUAUCCAAUGAUGUGACCUACAAAAGAAUAAAAAAUGCUUUGAAUUCGCUCAAACAGUACCAUGGUGGCAAUGCAGCUCAUUUGAUAGGAGUCCUCUUUGGAUCUUCAGAGCCCAGUUUGUCACAAGACCAAAGACAAUUGAACUUUUAUAACAGCUCUUUGGAUGAAUCCCAGAAAGCAGCUGUUGAGUUUGCUAUGUCCCAGAGAGAGCUUGCCAUAAUCCACGGACCACCUGGUACGGGAAAAACUACCACAGUGGUUGAGAUUGUCCUGCAAGCUGUCAAAAAGGGCAUGAAAAUUCUUUGUUGUGCCCCAUCUAAUGUGGCAGUGGACAACUUAGUUGAAAGGUUGGCAAAGAAUAAAGUUAAGGUUUUACGUCUCGGGCACCCUGCUCGUCUCUUGGAGUCAAUUCAGAAACAUUGCUUGGAUGCUGUACUUGCCCACAGUGAUAGCACACAGAUCAUCAAGGACAUUAGAACAGACAUUGAUCAAGCUUUUGCAAAAAUGAAGAAGGUUCAGGUCAAAUGUGAAAAAAGUCAUUUGUAUGGAGAGAUUAAAUCCUUACGGAAAGAACUAAGACAGAGAGAAGAGUCAUCCAUCACCCAGAUCUUAAAGGGGGCAGAUGUUAUAUUAGCUACAAAUACUGGUGCUUCUGAUGAUGGUCAAUUGAAACUGCUUCCAGAAGAUUACUUUGACCUAGUUGUAAUUGAUGAGUGUACCCAGGCGUUGGAGGGGAGCUGCUGGAUUCCACUUCUGAAAGCACCAAAGUGCCUCUUAGCUGGAGAUCACAAACAGCUUCCUCCUACCAUCAAAUCACACAACGCUGCAGCAAAAGGCCUCUCUGUGAGUUUAAUGGAGCGUUUGAUAGAAAAGUAUGGAGAUAAAGUCGUAAAAAUGCUGACUGUCCAGUAUCGUAUGAACCAGGCGAUCAUGAAGUGGGCUUCAGAAGAGAUGUAUGGAGGUCGACUAUUAGCUCACUCAUCUGUAGAGGCCCAUCUACUUAAGGAUUUGCCCGGAGUUAGUAUCAUAGAAGAGACUAGCCUUCCCCUGCUGCUUAUUGACACCGCUGGCUGUGGGCUUUUUGAGCAGGACGUUGAAGAUGAGCAAUCCAAAGGCAAUCAAGGGGAAGCCGACAUUGUGUCAUUGCAUGUGGAAGCUUUGAUAAAGGCUGGUGUCAAAGCUAAAGAUAUUGCAGUUAUCACUCCAUAUAAUUUACAGGUUGAUAUGAUUAAAGAGCGGCUUGGUCAAAAGUAUUCUGAUCUGGAAAUUAAAUCAGUGGAUGGCUUCCAGGGAAGAGAGAAAGAAGUUGUAGUGUUGUCAUUAGUAAGAUCAAACAGAAAAGGGGAUGUUGGUUUUUUAGCAGAAAACCGGAGGAUCAAUGUUGCUGUCACAAGGGCUCGAAGGCAUCUUGCAGUAGUUUGCGAUUCACGCACUAUUUGCCAUCACAGCUUUUUGAAAUCACUUGUUGAUUAUAUGACCAACCAUGGAGAAGUCCGAACUGCAUUUGAGUAUCUGGAAGACAUUGUACCACAGAACUAUUCACAUGACCCUACUCAGGAACAGAAAAAAGAACCGAUGAUGAACAAAGAUCUCUUGGGCCAGCAGGGUAAAAGCUCUCAAAGAAGCCUCAAUGAAGGAGAUAAGGGAAAGGCCAAAAAAAGGGAGAAAAAUGCAAAAUCAAAUAAAUUUAAUGAUAAAAAUAAUUAUAUUACAGAUAAGUUGUCCAAAACCACAGAGUGCCUUGAGAUUAGAGAUAACUAUGCUGAACUAAAAGCAAAGAUUUUAGAGUUCAUCAACCAGCCUCACGAGGAAAAAUUAGACUUCCCACCAUCUCUAAAUUCUCAUGACCGUUUGCUGGUGCACCAGAUUUCUGAAGAGCUUGGCCUUAACCAUGAAAGCAAAGGCGAAGGAAAAGACAGAUAUAUUACAGUUUCAAAAAACAUUAACCUUAGAAUGGAACAAUGCACAGAGGGCAAAGAAAAGGAAACCGAACCACUUUCUAAAGCAAUGAUUGAUGAGAAUGUCCAAGCUGAAAUACCAUGUACCUUAAAAAGUUCCACUCAGACUGAUCUGAAGGCUCUUCACUUUGAAAGACUUCAGCGAGAACAACAGAUAGUAAAGCCAAAUCAAGAAGUGAAACCAGCUAUGCAGAUAAAGUGCUCAAAGAAAAUCAAAAAUACAGAAAAGGGAAAGGCUUCAAAUAAAGGUGGACCUGUAGAAACUGCAUUGGCUGAUGCUGACUUUGAUGAACUAAUUGCAGCUGUUGUUAAAGCGGACAGUGUCUGUGCAUUUAUAAAAUGCAAAGCCAGCGUUUUGACGAUAGGGCAAUUGUGCUUACACUGUAACAAGCGUUAUUGCCUGUCUCAUCAUAUCCCAGAGGUCCAUGGCUGUGGUGAUAAAGCUAAACGCCAGGCUCGUAUCAGAAUCAGCCGGGAGGGAGUGGUGUAUGCAGGAAGUGGAACAAAAGACAAAUCCUUAGACCCAGUGAAAAAAGUUCAUCUUCAGAGGAAACUGGACAAGAAACUUGAUGAUUUAUCUUCCCAGAGAAAGCCUAAAAAGAAGGACAAGGACUGAUGAUUAUAAAUGGGAAUAUUCUGGCAGUUAUACUUUCGUCUUUAAAACAGAAUUAUUUUUUUAUGUUGAAUGUUCACAUUGGAAGACAUAAAAAGCAGGUUACAUUAGGCCACACAGUUCCUAAAGCCUCAGUUUAUCACACCAUCCCAAAAUCCUUUGUGUACUAUUUGUAUGUAAUUUAUGAGUUAUUUUCCAAGUAAGAGAAUAUUCCCAUUGUCUCUAUAAAUGAAUUAUUGAUCGGCUGUUGCUGGCUUAUUUAUUUCCUCCAUAAUAGUACUUGAACUUGACUAAAUAGGAGUAUGAAAAAACACAAUAGGGAAUGCAGAUGGUCUGCAGUGGCCCAGCUAUAAGUUAUUGUACUGUAAAUAUAUUACUAGUUUGUUGUGAUACACUGGAUCAGUUUUGUGAUCACUUCCUGAAUGAGCGUGUUUGUGUGUGCACAUACCGUACAUGAAUAAAACAGACAUAUACGUUGAGCCACUUACAGACAGGUAAUGCAAAAUACUUUGUUAAAGCCAAGAUUGUAUAUUUUUUUAAAAAUGCUAACCAAAUUUGCAUUUGUUAAGUGUUGAUGAAGUAAUUAGUAGUUAAUAAUACAAGUGGUAUUAAUAAUCCGCGGGAUGAUUAUCAGUAAAAUGUAGGUAAUGGUGCUCGACAGAUGUGACUAAGGCAGAAGAUAAAGGUGGUCAACAUAAAUUUCAAAAAUCGGUACUAAUAGUAGAAAAAAACAUAAAAAUAUAAAGUAAAUGAUAUUGGAUCCUUGAGUAUCUCAGUGCCUGCAGCUUUUCAUUCUGUUGAGUUUCCUAAUUUAAAAUCAAUCCUUGUUGUUAAUUGAAUAUGUUAUUUGGCUAAAUGUCUGUAGUCUCAGGGAUGAUCAACAGCACAGUUACACCUCUUUUCAAAUUAAAAAUAAUUUACACAGUAGUAAUGCAUUUUUACAGAGAAGUAAACCACACUGUGAUCUGAGCCUUUAGUGUGUAGAAUUAUUUCAGUCUUUGUCUGGGAGUAUAGUACUAAACAGGACAGUCCUGUUCCUUGCAGGCUUGGAAAGGUGCUAUAUAAAUAAAAUGUAUUAUUAUUAUUAUUAUUA